UAUCCACGUCCCUGGCGGUUGAUCGCGGCCAUCCGAAAGUGUCGCCGAGCCGAGCGAUUACUGCCGAAGUUGUAUCCAGCUGUCUGCAGGAUUGGUUGUGCUGUCAUCAUAAGACUUGGGAUCAUAUAUCACAGUAAGCCGCCGGCAGCGAACGGGCGGGAGUUAUUCACAAUGGUGCUCUUACGGAGAGGAUUGGCAACCAUGGCGUCGCUCAAGAGAGCCGGAAAGAUUGUGUGCAUUGGCCGCAAUUAUGCAGACCAUAUCACGGAGCUCAACAGCGCCCGGCCGAAGCAGCCCUUCUUUUUCCAAAAGCCGACCUCGUCCAUUCUGCUUCCCGGCGAGGGGCCCGUCAUUCGGCCCCGGGGUGUCGACCUGCACUAUGAGGUUGAGCUCGCCCUGAUUUUGGGCAAGCAGGUCCGGGAUCUGAAUCUGCAAGAUGAGCAGGGUGCGAUGGAUGCAAUUGAGAGCUACGCGCUCAGCAUCGACAUGACGGCCCGGAACAUACAGAACGAGGCCAAGAAGAAGGGCCUCCCCUGGGACAUCAGCAAGGGCUUCGACACCUUCCUGCCCCUGAGCAACGUCAUCAGCAAGGCGGCCAUCCCGGACCCGCACAACAUCGAGCUGUACCUGACCGUCAACGGCAAGGUGCAUCAGAGCGACUCGACCGAGCUAAUGCUGUUCCGCAUCCCCAGGAUUUUGGGGGACAUCUCCAAGGUCAUGACGCUCGAGCCGGGCGACAUCGUCCUAACGGGCACGCCCAAGGGUGUUGGCCCCGUCGUACCAGGCGAUGUGAUGCGCGCGGGCAUUCGGAUCGACGGCAGGGAGCUGGAGGAGGCUAAGAUGGAGGUUGCGGUCGAAGAGUCGACCAGCCCGUAUGAGUAUGCUGAGACAUGAUUUAGGUGGUGAGAAUACAAGUAGAAGUCAGGAUGGCUGGCCAGGUGGCAGUCUAGUACCACCCCUUCCGUCCCAACUUCCCCGUCCGCAACUUCACUACCUCAGGUACCAGUGCUUUAUCAGCCAGUUUCCGCAUCGACACUAGCACCACCUCCUCCCAACAGAGCCAACAACCGUCGAGUUGGCUCAGCCGUAUUAGGCGCGAAGUCUCGGAGGAGCUCUGGCGCGACAAGUCGAACGGACUAUACGACAAUCACUCCAUUCGACUCCGCUGCGAAGCA